AGGAAUGGGUUCCUUCUAUUGGAUGUUGUCUCCCCAAGCAAUCCUGGUAUUGUUUUGCUUUAUUAGUUCAGUAUACAGUGACGACAAGUGCGAUGAUGACGAUGACGAUUGUGACGGUGGCAAUGGUGGAAUUGUAGUGGCACUCGUGUUUGGCUGCAUAGCAGGUAUUCUCAUUAUACUGGCGAUUAUAACCUUCGUCUGUGUAAAAUUUUGUAAGACAACAAGACAUGGUGCCGUGAUAAACCCAGACGGAGGGAAUUCAAAUCAAGUGACGUUUUCUCAGGGAUACACACACCGACCUCAGGUCUUUACCACUGGAUACAUGUAUACCACUCCGACUGCUCCACCAUACUCAGGGAUUACCUCUCAAACCUUCGUCCAAACAUCAUCUGUCUUCCCAGGCCAGAGCUCGUCCACAGGAAAUAUACCACCACCACCAUCUUAUGAUGAGGUUUUGUCCAAUAACACCUCGCCACCAAAGUACUAGUGGAAACCAAUUUGGAACAUAAAUAAUGAGUUCUGGUUUACAUAUUGACAGUGUUAUGGCUGCUGGGCAGCUUCCUGAAAAAGAACUAUAUUCUGUGUAAUUCUGUAUGAAUGGUUGCAUAAGUCACAGAGUUGUGCCAUUUUUAAUGUAUGAUAUAUAACUUGUAUACAUGUUUAUUUCUUAUAAUUUAAUAUAAAUUAUUGUGUUCUUUAAUAGGCAUGAAAAUUCUGUUAUCACAUUUUGCGAUCGGUGUGUUCCCCGA